AUGAUUCAUAGCCCAUGUGGACCAUUGAACAUAACAUCACCAUGUAUGCAAAAUGGGAAGUGUUCAAAAGGUUUUUCCAAACUGUUUACUAUCGAAACUCAAUCAGGGCAAGAUGGGUAUCCAAAAUAUCAACGUCGAUCUCCUGAAGACGGUGGACAAACUUUCCAGCUUAGAAAGUCUGGCCGCAUGGUAACGAUCGACAAUCGGUGGAUUGUGCCAUAUAGCCCCGUAUUAUUACGUGCAUUUGACUGUCACAUCAACAUAGAACCAUGUCAUUCAGUAAAAGCUAUUCAAUAUAUUUGUAGUUAUAUUAAUAAAGGAUCUGAUCAGGCUGCAUUCUCGGUAGAAUCACGUGAUGAAAUAAAGGCAUUCCAAAAUGGUAGAUAUAUUAGUUCCUCAGAAGCUGCAUGGCGAAUAUUUGGUUUUACGAUUCAUGAACGGUCACCAGUAGUUUUUCAGCUUUCAGUACACCUUGAAAAUGGUCAACGCGUUUACUUCACGGAUCAAAAUGCUCGCGAAAGACUUGAAAAUGUGAGAAACACUACUCUCAUGGCUUUUUUUGAACUUUGCUCCCGUGAUGACUUUGCAAAAACCUUGCUUUAUAUUGAAGUUUCAUCUUAUUUUACUUUUACUAAUAAUCGUUUUAAUAGAAGAAAACAAGGAAGUCCGGUUGAACAAUAUCCUGGAGUCAAGAAAUCCAAUAUGCUUGGUCGAGUAUACACAGUUCAUCCGACCAAUGUUGAGUGUUAUUAUCUACGUAUGCUUUUGCAUCACGUCCGCGGACCAACUUCUUUUGUAGAUUUGAAAACUGUUGAUGACGUUAUUCACCCAACAUUUCAAAGAGCUUGCCAAGCACUUGGUCUGUUAGAAGACGAAAGUCAUUGGAAUGCUACUCUCGAAGAAGCUGUUUUAUUUCAAUCCGCGUCGAAUCUAAGAGAACUGUUUGUUACUAUGAUUGCAUUCUGCCAUAUUACUAAUUUAACAGAAUUGUGGGAAACUCACAGAGAGAGUAUGUCAUUAGACAUUUUGCAACAAGAAAGGCAUCGCUCCGGAAAUCGCGAUUUUGCUGUCACUCCAUAUAUUCUGAAUAAAACUUUAAUAUUAAUAGAAAAUGAUCUUUUAAAAAUAUCGGGAAAAAAACUGUCUGAUUUUAACAUGGAAUCACCGUCACGAACUGAUGAUAACGAUGAUAAUUUUCUUCGAGAUAGGGCUUAUAUUGCGGAAACCUCUUAUGAUUUAGAUAUACUUUCAAAUUACAUUCAGGAAAAUGAACCAAAAUUAACAGACGAUCAGCAAGCAGUUUAUAAUACAAUUUUACAAAGUGUAUUGCAAAAUACUGGUAAAUUAUUUUUUCUCGAUGCACCUGGUGGAGCUGGUAAGACUUUCAUGCUGAAUCUUUUGCUUUCAAAGCUACGUGUGCAGGGGAUAAUUUCAUUAGCAGUCGCUUCUUCGGGGAUAGCAGCAACAUUAUUACAAAAUGGCAAGACAGCACAUUCCGCUUUUAAACUCCCUUUGGAUCUUCAGACUACCGAGCACCCAGUUUGUAGUGUGAAGAAGCAAAGUUCUUUAGGAAAAUUGCUAAGAGAAACACGUUUUAUUGUUUGGGAUGAAUCGACAAUGGCAAAUAAAGGUGGUCCUGAGGCACUUGAUCGGACGCUGAAGGAUUUCAAAAGUGAUGAUUGUCCGAUGGGUGGAGUUGUUGUUCUUUUUGCUGGUGACUUUAGGCAAAUAUUGCCAGUUGUACCAAAAGGCAGUGAAAGCGAUGAAAUCAAUGCAUGCUUAAAAUCAUCAUAUCUUUGGUCUUCCAUAGCAUCUUUGAGACUAACGACCAAUAUGCGUGUACACCUUGGUGGUGAUAAUAAUGCUGACCUCUUCUCUCAAACACUUUUAAAAAUUGGUAGUGGAACUUUCCAGAAUGAUAACGAUAGCACGAUACAGAUAACAUCUACAUUUGCGAUUUCCGUUCUAGAUCAAAAUAAUGUAAUCAAUAAAGUAUAUCUCGAAAUUUCUCAACUUCCCAAUAAAUCUAAUGAAUGGCUCCGUGAACGUGCUAUUUUGGCCCCUAAAAAUGACACCGUCAACGUCAUAAACGAAAAGAUUCUUUCUAUGUUUGAAGCUGAUGAAAAAACUUAUAUUUCUUUUUAG